CUUCCACAUGGUGUUCAGGUCGCCUCUCGACUUGCUCUCGGCUUCUCGCCUCCUCCUGCGUCCGCAGGCGGACGGCGAGCGCCCGGCCGCGGCGGCGCCCGCUUCCGCGUCCGCGCCCGCGCCCGCCCCGGGCCUGUGCUUCUCGGCGUCGCAGAUCGCCGGCGUGUGCGAGACGCUGGAGGAGACGGGUGACGUGGAGCGCCUGGCCCGCUUCCUGUGGUCCCUCCCGGCGGCCUCCGGCGCCCGCGACUCCGUUUGGGAGCACGAGUCGGUGCGACGCGCCCGCGCCGUGGUGGCCUACCACAGCGGCAGCUUCCGCGAGCUCUACCGCAUCGUGGAGACUCACCGCUUCACGCGCGCCUCCCACGGCAAGCUGCAGGCCAUGUGGCUGGAGGCGCACUACCGCGAGGCGGAGAAGCUGCGCGGCCGGCCGCUGGGCCCCGUGGACAAGUACCGGGUCCGCAAGAAGUUCCCCCUGCCCAGCACCAUCUGGGACGGCGAGCAGAAGACGCACUGCUUCAAGGAGCGCACGCGCGGCCUGCUGCGCGAGUGGUACCUGCGGGAUCCCUACCCGAACCCCGGCAAGAAGCGGGAGCUGGCGCACGCUACCGGGCUCACGCCGACCCAGGUGGGGAACUGGUUCAAGAACCGGAGGCAGCGCGACCGAGCGGCGGCCGCCAAAAACAGGUUGCUGCACCACCGGUUGUGUUCCGAGGACGUCCAGCAUCCCCUGGGCGGAGGGGCGUGCAGUCCGGACGUCAACCACGCGGAGCGAGUCGACGGCCAAACUCUCCUCUCGGUGACGGACAGUGACUCGGACCUGGAGGUGUGACUCUUUAUUGAUUUGAUGCCUGUCAAUAAUAUUGGAAAAACAUUCGGACUGGAUUGCGGUGGUCCCAACCUGCGGCGGAAGGUCAGCAAUAACUCUCCCUGGACCCUCGCACACUGAUUCUAUGCAGCUUGUUUUAUUUUUGCAUUGACAUGUUCCCCUGCGAGAAUCCAUAUUUCAUUUUUUUUUUUUUUUUUUAAAUCAUAUCGCCUGUGUCCACUGCUGUAGACAAUCACUCAAAAGCUUCCUUCCCCGUCUUAAGUCCUCUUUUAAUUUAAUGUUCACUUCCAGUGCUAUACACUAUGUGUCCUUGUGUGCUUGAAAUCAAAUGUUUUGCUAUUUUAUAUGAAUAAAAAUAUUUCACGUA